UUCAGCUGUUUCAGGAAGUGGGGUAGAGCCACCAAAAUCAGGAAACUAAGUGUUGCUAUUUAUACAACUGAGCAAAGGGCUCGAGCUGGUAAACGCUAGUGAAGUGUCAGUUAACGAGUAAAGGCGACUGAGGAGAGUAAAUAUCUGGCGUACGAUGCUCGUCUGCGGAUGAUUUUCUGCAUUUUUGAGACCUGAACCAUGGAGGAACGUAUCUCAAGUCCUGAAUCAGCAAAUCCCGAAUCCCUCUCGAGCUACGAGCUGCUGAUCCUGCACACGGCCGAGGCCCAGGAGUGGGCGACGUAUCUGCAGCAGAUUUUGAAAUCUUCUCAAAAGUUCCACCGAAGGUCCAUUUUGCUGUACGCCGUGAGCUCGGCCGAUCAGCUCCACGGAUACAACUUUGAGAACUUCCAGCAGUGCAAGUGUAUCGUGCUGCUCCUCUCGGGAGUGUUCUUUGACAUCCUCUGCGACCAUGAACUGCAGGGAGCGCUUAAGAGACUCCUUUACCCUCCGCAGAGAGUGGUGGUUUUAUUGUGUGGGGUGUCUGAGGACGACGUGAUGCCAGAGACUUUUGAAGAUUGGCCAAACUGGAGAAAACUCUCUGCUGAAGACGAGCCCGCCGUUUACAUUACGACCAUUCUGGAGUCUAUUGCUGACAGCAGACGAGCGGAGGCCGACACAAAGGGCGAGUCUCCUACAUCAGCUGGAGAGUUGCACAUCACAGCAGCCUCUCCUACAGAACAUCUGACCUUGAGUAAAAUAGAGGAAGUGGUACCAGAGGCACAAAAAGGCUCUGUCCUGAAAGAUGACCUUGUGGGAACAAAGAAUUCAACGAGCAGAGAAAUGGAAGAAGCAAACCCAACAUGCGUCACCAUUCAGCCACACAGAGUUCUGUGCGGGGAACCAGAGACACUUUUUAUCAUUUUGUCAAACAAACUGAUUGAUUGCGCAGCACCGCAGGUCGAGUUUUCAUCUGAAAAUGAAGUUACAAAAAAGGUGCAGGGCAAUGUGGAAAAUGAAUACACGAUCAGUGUUGUCGCCCCGGAUAUGCCUGCUGGACUCACAUCGCUCACUUUAUACACUGACCAGUCCCGUGUGAGCCUCAGGCCCGUCACGUAUUACACCAGUAUGGGAGAAGUCAGUCGCUGUCUGGAACAGGCUGCUAAUCCUCUCAACUUCAUCUGCCAGGCCUUUGACUUGACGUCAAACACAACAGAAUCACUGGACAUCCUGCUAACUGACUCACUGAAAUCCAAGAUGCCUGCAACUGGACUUCAGCUGUUUGGAGUCAGACAGAUAGAAGAAGACAACAUGUCAGCUUGCCAACGGAACGAGGAGCUUCCUACUUUGCUCCACUUUGCUGCUAAGUUUGGCUUGAAAAAGCUCACCACCACCCUGCUCCACUGUCCCGGGGCUCUGCAGGCUUACAGCGUGAGGAACAAGCACGGAGACUACCCAAACACGCUGGCAGAAAAGAACGGCUUCACCGACCUCAGACAUUUUAUAGAUGCAUUUGUUGAAACGGCAGACAUGCUGAAAUGUCACUUUGAAGACUCCAUCGACAUGCACAGUGAUGCAGAAGUAUACGAGCAGAUGUCGGCUACGUCUCAAGAUAUCAUGAUGAAGUACUCGGGUUGCUCGGAGGACGUAUACGAGUCAAUGAUGACGAUCGACCCGGAGUGUGUGGACGACCUGUAUGAAGAAAUGACUGCAGUAGAUGCGAAUCCAGAGGAGGUUAUGCUCAGGAAGUUCUUCCAGGCAAAACCACAUGCAAUUGAAGACCAGGUGAACAACCUGCGCCUUAAAAGCGAGGAAGAGGAAAAGGAAAAGGAUGAACACAGUCACUUUGAUCAAAUUAAGGAAGAGGAGGAUCCAUACGCUCUUUCUCCAGAAGAUAUUUACGACACGGUGGAUGCAAACAGCACGUAUAGCCCAGCCAUCGUGAAUCGUCCCCCAGCCCCCGUCCCAAGGCCUGAGGCUGACGCAGAGCCUGAAAAACCCACAACCUACAUCUCUAGAGUAUUUUCAGAUCGAGGUGCAUCCGAGAGUAAAGCGACGCCAUAUUCUUCAGUUAUGCCUGUGCAUGAAGACACCGGCCCUACGUAUGACCCCUAUGCCGGGAUGAAGACCCCCGGCCAGAGGCAGCUCAUCUGCCUCCAGGAGAGGGUGAAGGUCGGGGAAAUAACCGUGGACGAGGCCGUGCAGGAGUUCAAGGCUUGGCAGUUUGACAAUGAACGGAGGGCGACCUCCCUACGCUAUCAGCAGGAAAAUUUGAAGAAAUUACGGGACAGCAUCACCAGGCGUCACAAAGAGAGAGAGAAGACCGGAAAGGAGCUCGAUUAUGAAAUAAGUGCCCCCCUGCAGAGGAACUUGUACUGGGGCUCCAACGCCAGCGCUACGUUUGAGUGUGCCGUGUACGAGUCGGCGCCCAAAGUGUCAGCAGUGCCGCCUCCUCCGGUUCAAACCAUCCAGAGAGGCAGCUGGAAGACGGGAAGCACGUCCAGCACAUCCAGCAGCGAGAGCAAUAGACUCAGCACUCACAGUAAUUUUAGCUACAGCAGUGGGACAGAACCCGACUUCGAGGACGCUGUAGAAAGUCUCCCCCCUCCACCUCGACCUCCGAGGCCUUUUGAUGGCGCACCUCCCGUUGCUCUGCCCAGGAUUCCUCCUCGAAUCCCAGAAAGGGUGCCAGAAGAAUCGCACGAGCGCUACAUAUCCUGCCCGACACGAGCACUUCCUCAGAUACCGCACAGACAGAGAGACGCGGCGCCCCCCAUCCCCCGCCGCCUGCGGUGAUGGCCCCUCCACGCUCACUGGGAUCAGUCUCUAAAGUUUUUAUAACGCUGUAUAAUAUAACGGUCUAACGCAGAGGGGCCCUAUAGGGUCACAAUGUUUCUGUUUUUAUGUGUUUGUUUGUUUUUUCUCAUAUUAAUUGCAUUGUAUUGUAUUGUAAUUGUAUGAAUCAGCUGUCCUUCCGGAGUGAUUCACUUCUCAUUUCUAUUUCAUUGUUUGAGCGCAGUUCUGUGAAACAGAAAGUACUCACUAGUGUUUUAUAGUAUCUUUAAAAUGUAACAGUUUUAACCCACAAUAAAUGUUCAACAUGUAAUAAUUUAACCCCUCUUCAGUAUCACAAUAAAACUAAUGAUCAUGCUGGAGACAAAUGAUGAAAACUAAAUGAAUCUUAAUCAAAGUAUCUUUGUAAAACUUGGAGAUUCACCUGUUUUUUAUGGGAUGUCCGCUCGCCUUGAGGAAGUCUGUAUUGUUGUGCAGCAGACUUAUUGUAAUUUAUUAAUUUAACAGUGAAAUAUGAUUAUAUGUAGCUUUAUAAACA